CAACGCAUAGUUUAGCCUCAACUUUCGGCAAGCACGCAUCUAAAUUUUAAGUGUAGCAGAAAUAAAAAUCAAAAAACAAAAAAAAAAGCAAUGAACCGCUCCAUUGGACCCGGACCAGCCAGCUACAGCUUACCAACGUCGAUAGGGAGCAAUAAUGGUGACCCGCGAAAGGUACGUAACCCGGUCUACACGAUACGACCACGUACGGCUUUCAAACACGAAACGCUGGGCCCUGGACCUGCUGACUACGAGGUUUCGAAACUAACGCGAACCGGACGUCCUCAUCAACCGAUGUACUCGAUGCGUAGUAGGUGGCAACCAUCGAAACAAGAUUCAGUGCCUGAUCCCCAGGCAUAUCAUCCUUCUGUGAACAAAGAACGAACUCCAGCAUACAGUUUCGGGCUGCGGCUAGAAACACUUAACAAAAAUCAAGUUCCCGGUCCAAACGAAUAUCAAGCGGACAUGCGCGUGAUUCGACCAAGAGCUCCGUGCUACUCGAUGCGACCUUUGACCAAAGGAACGACCACAUCCUACGGCCCUGGACCUGCUGGUUAUGCUCUACCAAAUCGCGAUCUAACCCACAAGCGAUCCCCAAAUUAUACGAUUCGAAACGCUUUCGCCACCGUUGGUGAUCGAACUCCUUGUCCGGGACCAGCUCAUUAUGGACUGAUGGGCCGGUUGGUGGGCAAAUCAGCUCCCUGCUACAGUUUCGGGAUACGGCACGCGGACUGGACGAGUCCGAUGAUUGUGCCGGGGGAUAGUUGCUGAAAUGUGUCCAUGGUAGCUAAACCAGAAAUCCUAAACGCUGAGAGUCAGCUAAAGAGCUAGGGAAAGCAAUUAGCAGGAUGGCAUGAUGAGACAUUUCGUUCCCCAAAUGGACUCCGUUCCAAAGUUCCAAAGCGCUUCCUAAGUGGAGAACGGUGCCAACGGUGAAAGCAGCACUUGAACGUUAAUGGCCAUGUGAAAAACACUGAAGGACGAAAGAACAGAAGAUCCAAGAAGUGUGAUCUGAAGUGGAAGCUGGCAUCUUUCAGCAUGGUCUGCAACAAUCUGGGAGGUCUUUCAAGGACCUUUCGAACCAUGUCUGGCAUCUGAAGAAGCAGAAGGACGCGCUGUUAAGAGAGUAAUAAAAUUAAAUUUUGGAAAGUAUGAUGUCUGUCUGUGGCUUCUUGGGUGCUCCAGGGCGCCCAAUCGCCCAAAAGUAUUAACGAGCACUAGCGUAUUAAAGACAGAACCAUGAACGAUCGUACGA